UUCACAACCUGCCGUGUGCGCGACAGAGACAAGGAAGAUGGCGACGCAGGAGAGCGCAGCGAGUCCGGAGGCUGUGGGCAACGGCGAGGUGGGCAGCAACGGGACGGUCGCCGCCGUGGCGGACGGAGACCAGGCCGUCCAGACCGCCGACACCGCCGGAGACGCCCCGGCGGCAGCGCCCCCGCCCAACGCCUGGCAGGUCAUCAAAGGAGUCCUCUUCAGGAUAUUCAUAAUCUGGGCCAUCAGCAGCUGGUUCCGUCGGGGCCCGGCCACGCCCGACCCCAGCACCCCGGCAGGGGCCCCCCGGCUCCCCAGCCGCAACCUCUUCCCCAAAGACACCCUGAUGGACUUCUACGUGUACAUCUCCCCGGACGAGGUGUUCGUGGACUUCAACAACACGGAGGCGCUGUUCUGGUUCCACCAGGACCUGGUCUACGGGGACUGGUCCACGGGCGAGAACGGCGACGGCUGCUAUGAGCACUACCGGGAGAUGGACAUCCCCGAGACGCUGCUGCAGAACGGCUCCAUGUACAUGCACGUGUACUUCACCAAGAGCGGCUUCCACCCCGACCCCAAACGGAAGGGGCAGUACCGCAGACUGGCCACGGUGCACUCCACGCGCAUGCUGAAUAAGUUCAAACGAAGAAAGUUUAUGAAGACUAAGAAUCUGCUGACGGGCGAGACGGAGGCAGACCCCGAGGUCAUCAAGCGGGCAGAGAGCCACGGCCCCGUGGAGGUCAUCUCCCACUGGCACCCGAACCUCACCAUCAACAUCGUGGACGACCACACGGCCUGGGUCAAGGGCUCGGUGCCGCCCCCUCUGGACCAGCAUGUUAAGUUUGACGCGGUCAGCGGCGACUACUACCCCAUCGUGUACUUCAACGACUACUGGAACCUGCAGAAGGACUACUACCCCAUCAACGACACGCUGCCCCACCUGCCUCUGCGGCUGAGCUUCUGUCAGCUGUCGCUGUGGCGCUGGCAGCUGUACGCCGCGCAGAACGCACGCUCGCCCUGGAACUUCCUGCCCGACGACACCUACGAGCAGUCGGACGAGGACCAGGACUCGGUCAAGGUUGCCCUUCUGGAAACCAACCCCUACCUUCUGGGAGUGACCAUCGUGGUGUCGAUCGUCCACAGCAUCUUCGAGUUCCUGGCCUUCAAGAACGACAUCCAGUUCUGGAACAGCCGCCAGUCCCUGGAGGGGCUCUCGGUGCGCUCCAUCAUCUUCGGGGUGUUCCAGUCAGGGGUGGUGCUGCUCUACAUCCUGGACAACGAGACCAACUUCGUGGUGCAGGUCAGCGUGUUCAUCGGCCUGCUCAUCGACUUCUGGAAGAUCACCAAGGUCAUGGACGUCAAGUUGGACCGAGAGAAUAAAAUAGCCGGUCUGAUCCCCAGACUGGUGUUUAACGACAAGUCCACGUACGUCAAGUCCUCCACCAAAGUCUACGACGACAUGGCCUUCAAGUAUCUCUCCUGGCUGCUGUACCCUCUGUUCGGCUGCUACGCCAUCUACAGCCUGCUGUACGUGGAGCACAAGGGCUGGUACUCCUGGGUUCUCAGCAUGCUCUACGGCUUCUUGUUAACCUUCGGCUUCAUCACCAUGACGCCGCAGCUCUUCAUCAACUACAAGAUGAAGUCGGUAGCCCACCUCCCGUGGAGGAUGCUCACCUACAAGGCGCUCAACACCUUCAUCGAUGACCUCUUCGCCUUCGUCAUCAAGAUGCCCAUGAUGUACAGAAUAGGGUGUCUUCGGGACGACGUGGUGUUCUUCAUCUACCUCUACCAGCGCUGGAUCUACCGGGUCGACCCCAACCGGAUGAACGAGUUCGGCACCAGCGGGGCUGAGAAGCCCGUCGACGGGGACGCCCCCGUCGACGGCGUGCCCCCCGCCAUCACCGCCGCCGUCGACGGGGAGCCCCCCGCCAUCGCCGCCGCCCCCGCCGCCGCCAUCACAGACAAAGCAGACGAGGAGAAGAAGAACGACUAACCAACAAACCGCCCCCCCCUCCUCCUCCCACCCCCUCAGUACAAAGAGGACUUGUUCAAGCCUGGGAAGGGAGCUGUUGUUUAUCUGUCAUGGACGUCGCUUCAACAACAACAACAACAACAUAAGUCAUUAUUUUAACACCACCUGACCCGUGUGGUGGAUCAGCGCUGGUGCCCCCCCCCGACCAACCCCCCCCCCCCCCGCUCUCCUUCUUACAGUGAAGUAAACAACGUGAUGUCCCGUAUUCUGUAUGAUUUUGCGAGGGUAACGGCCGUGUGGUGUGAGUCGGUCCCGCCACGUAUCGCUCUUCAGUUGCCCGCCGUAGCGUUUCAUUUUGACCUGUUGAUUCCCCCAGUUCUUCUUCCUUUCAUUCCAUGAGCGUCACAGUUCCACGGCGCUGCCCCCUGGUGGUCGGGCAGAGCACAGGGGCGGAGCCAGGAGGGCUGGGAGGGGCCGACGGACAGAGGGGGACCUGUCUAACACUCCACCUGAAUGCUACCCUCCAUUUUAAAUUAAUGGUUGUUGUUCCAAACUUGAACGUUAAAAAAACUAAUAAAAGUAAAUAGCCUUGUUGGUAUUAAUAUAAAUAUAUUAAUAUUGUCAAUGAGAACAUUUUUUUUCAGUCAUUGAUUUAUUUUCUAUGUUCCUGAAACUGUACUUGAUUUUCAGUCAGACUUAUUUUUUACGUCCUGAAACUGUACAGAGUCAGCUUGUCAUGUUUUUACUGAUGUGAAAUUGUUUAGCGAUAGCUAAUUCCGCGGUUAUUUUUUUUUCUUGAUUUGUAUUUUUUUGGAGAUCCAUUUCCAAUCCACACGCAUCUGGAGCAGCCGAUUCUGACCGCCAAGUGUGUUUUGAAAGACAGUCUCGCUUUUAUGGAGUGCUGUAAAUUCUAUGCUAAGAUGGUUUCAUGUUGGUACAUAUUACAUUUCAAACAUGUUUAUAGUAAAACUUAAGUGUAAUUUAAAAUGACUAAGCAGCUUUUUAUUAAUAUACAUAAAUAAUAUACAUGUGUAGA